CUCUCCUCUAUUUCGGGACCGUUAACAGAACAACGACACACUGCGAAAUGCACCACCUAUGAUGACGAACUACUAUGGUCGCUCGAGCACUCCUCGCAAGACAAUGUCGCCGGAUUUCCAAAGCCACGAGACCUUCCUCCUUCGCUUUCUCCACCUUCCCGUCGGAGACCCCAUCUCGCCCGCUUCCCGGUUCGCGCGUCAAAAGGCUCGAAUUCGCCGAGCUCCUGCAGUUUCCCGCCUCCGCCUCCGACGCCGGCGACGCCAUCGUUCACCACAAGAAGCUCCACGGCCAAAUGGUCGUCUGGGGAUUCCAGUACGACGUGUUUCUUGCCAACGUUCUGCUGCAUUCUUACUCAAAGUGUGGCGGUUUGCGCGAUGCAAGACGGGUGUUCGAUAAUAUGCCUGAGAGGAACCUGAUCACUUGGUCUUCGGUGAUUUCGAUGUACGCCCGGCAUAGUUGUUGCAGCGAAGCACUCAUGAGCUUUGUGGAGUUUCAGAGAAGCUCUGUCGAGAGGCCGAAUGAGUAUAUUUUGGCCAGUCUGAUCCGCGGUUGUUCGCAGUCGGGUGGCCUUGAUGAAGGAGCUCAGGUGCAUGGUUUUGUUGUUAAGGCUGGUCUCGGUCAGGAUGUCUAUGUUGGCACUUCUCUGGUUUUUUUGUAUGCGAAUAAUGGUGGGAUAGAUGGGGCAAGAUCGGUUUUCGAUAGCUUAUUGGAUAAGACUGCUGUUACUUGGACUGCGAUCAUAAGUGGGCACGUGAAAUGUGGGAGAAGUGAAGUGUCUCUGCAGUUGUUUAGCCAGAUGAUAGAUGCUGGCCUUCUUCCUGACAAAUACGUGAUUUCCAGUGUGUUAAGUGCUUGCUCAGCGCUUGAGUUUGUUGAAGGUGGCAAGCAAAUUCAUGCUCAUAUACUGAGGCGAGAAGCAGAGAUGGACAUUUCGGUGGUUAAUGUGCUGAUCGAUUGUUAUAUGAAAUCUGGCAUGCAACGAACAGCUCGGAGGCUAUUCGACCAUAUGGAAGUUCGAAAUAUGAUUUCUUGGACCACGAUGAUUUCUGGGUACAUGCAGAACUCGUAUGAUAAGGAAGCAUUGAAGCUUUUUGCAGAGAUGACCGGAUUGGGUUGGAAUCCUGAUGCAUUUGCUUGCACCAGUGUUCUCACAUCAUGUGGCUCGCUCGAGGCCUUAAUACAGGGAAAGCAAGUUCAUGCUUACACUAUCAAGGCCAAUUUAGAGUUUGAUGAUUUCGUAAAAAAUGGCUUGAUAGAUAUGUAUGCGAAAUGCAAUGCCUUAGCGGAUGCUAGGAAACUUUUCGAUGUUAUGGAUGGGAAAAAUGUUGUCUCCUAUAAUGCAAUGAUCGAAGGUUACUCAAGAUUAGAGAAACUGGAGGAAGCAUUAGAUAUCUUCCAUAGUAUGAGGCUUGCAUCGUUCUCCCCAAGUCCAUUGACAUUUGUCAGCAUCCUUGGAUUAUCGACUUCUUUAUUCACCUUGGAAUUGAGCAAGCAAGUUCAUGGCCUCUUAAGUAAAUCUGGAAUUUCUGUGGACUUAUUUGCAGGGAGUUCACUGAUAUAUGUUUAUUGCAAGUCUUCUUUAGUCCGAGACGCGAGGCUAGUCUUUGAAGAGAUGAACGAUAGAGACAUUGUAGUUUGGAAUGCAAUGUUCUCUGGAUAUAGUCAGCAAAUGGAAAACGAGGAGACCUUCAAAUUGUUCUCAGAAUUACAGUUAUCAGAACAACGACCCAACGGAUUCACUUUCGCUUCCGUUAUCACAGCAGCAAGCAAUUUAGCAAGUCUCCAACAUGGUCAGCAGUUCCAUAGCCAUAUUAUAAAGCGCGGUUUGGAUUUUGACCCAUUUGUCGCGAAUGCUGUUGUGGAUAUGUAUGCUAAAUGCGGAAGUAUUCGGGAGGCCAGGAAAGCAUUUGACCUCGCUAUUUGUGAAGAUGUUGCAUGUUGGAACUCCAUGAUCACAACAUAUGCACAACAUGGAGAAGCACGUGCUGCUCUCCAGAUAUUUGAGGAAAUGAUAAUCGCAGGAGUGAAACCAAAUUACAUCACAUAUGUGGGCAUCCUCUGUGCAUGCAGCCAUGCAGGGCUUGUGGAAGAUGGAUUGCAUCAUUUUAACUCAAUGCCUGGGCUUGGAAUUGAACCGGGGACCGAACAUUAUGCUUGCAUGGUCUCCCUUUUUGGCCGAGCUGGUAGACUAAAGGAUGCUGUGGACUUCAUUGAGACAAUGCCAAUUCAACCGAUGGCGCUGGUAUGGAGGAGCUUGCUCAGUGCUUGCAGGAAUGCUGGUGACAGUGAAUUAGGAAAGUAUGCUGCUGAGAUGGCAAUCUCUUGGGACCCGACGGAUAGUGGAUCUUAUACACUACUCUCAAAUAUAUUUGCAUCAAAAGGAAUGUGGUUUGAUGUAAAGAAGGUGAGGCAGAGAAUGGACGAGACUGGAGUCCUAAAAGAACCAGGAAAAAGUUGGAUAGAAGUUAAUAAUGAGGUUCAUGUGUUUGUUGCUAGAGACCAGACUCAUUAUGAGGCCGAUUUGAUUUUUUUAGUUUUGGACUAUUUAAUUCUUCAGAUAAAAGAGAUCGGUUAUGUGCCAGACAAUGUUGCGGUUAUCAUAGACGAUUGACUGACAAUCUGUAACGGCACAAUAUUAUUCUGCAAAUGCUCUCAUUCUGAGUGCCCUUCCAGUUGUAUGCUGCUAGAACAUGAUCAAUCUUCUUGCAGUAUGCACAUCAUCUGACUUGGGCUUUCCAUCGGAUAUGUUGAGACAUGAGAUCCCUUAUUGUGGUGUGAGGACGAUAUUUCUCUGGAGAAGCAGCAGGUAGGAUACAAGUUCGAAUUGUCAUCAUUAAGUGGUGAUAUUGAUGAUUUUGGAGGGUCCUGUACUAAUGUUUUGGUUCACUGGAUGCAAAUUAAUCCUUGUCAUUGAAGUUGCAAGAUGCGUCCAAACAUCUAUGAGGAGUCUUGAGUCAUGAGGAAUUGAUGUGAUUCUAUGACUUCUAAUGGCACGGUUGAUUCGUGAAGAUUGGAUGAACUAAUGAGCUAUGCUCUAUUUGUAGUU